AUGGCUAGAUUUAGCGCAAAUCACAAGUUUGCUAAAAAAUCCAAGCUUGAAACUAUCAUAGAUGUGUACAAGCUGGGCUACUUGGACUGCACGAAGGAGACUGCUCCAUUCUAUGCCAUUGGAGAUAAAGACAUCGAGGUGUUCUGUCCUGAUUUGCUCCCUGUUCAAAGUGAGCAAGUCAAUGCUACAAACAUGGAUGGAGCUAAAAAGCAGGCAGCUGAAGAGGCGGUAGUCGAAGAAGAUGGAGCAGAGAAGAGGGCAACUGAUGAGAUGGUGGCAAGUGUUGUGGAGCAGACGAGUGGCGCUACUGAAGGCUUGGCUGAUCAGGUGGAUGCCGAAGAAGUUACAAAUCAGGGGUCUUUUGGCAGCGUCUCGAAGUAUUUGAAGACUCAUUUAUUUUUUUUCCAGUUUUUAUAG